CCGUAACACUCCCACAGAGGUAAGCACUGCCUACUUCUGCGAGUAGCUCCUUUUCUUCAUCUCUUAGUAGAGCGAAACAUUUGAAGCAGAAAUCUGAACACUGCUUGGGAAAAAGACGAACGUCGCGCUACUAAAAACCCCAUUACCAGGUAAAUGCUCAAUCCCUGUUGCAUACUCCAAAACCCUAAUUUCAACCCUAACAAGUAAGAGAAGAACUCUGCGUGUCAGUUCGAUCUGGGUUGAGUAACUUUUUGAGAUUUUUGAUGGAAUUGAGAUACAAAUAGGGGAUAAGAUACAACACUCUUCAAUGAAUGUUCUGUACAUGGUUAAAUUGCUUGCGUGGGCUCGUAAUUUUUGUUUUUGAUGGGAUUCUUCAUGGUACGGCAUAAAUUGCAGCUGUCUGUAUGUGAGUAUCAAUUUCUCUUGGCAGGUUUCUUAGCUUUGUUGGAGACUUUAGAAUUACGGUGAUAAUGGGUGUUUCUCACCUCUUGAUAUGCUCCUGCCAUGUACUCUUUAGCUCUAAUUGGUCAAAGGGUUGCUCAGAGCUUUUCGUGUUUUUGUGGAAUUUCUCGUUCGUUGUGCAGCCGUGGCUGCGAUAGCAAUGGCGUCAAUGGCAGGUUUGGAGGCAAUGAGGAUUAUUUGAAUGAGACUUGGAAAAGUUCAAAUAUUGAUUGUGUUUCAGAUGGAAAGCCUAAUAAAAACGAGUCAUUUAGCUCUAUGGGGACAAAUGGCAAUUAUGAAGGCCAUACCCUGGGAAAUUUCUCUUCAAGAUGGAAAUUCAUUGAGAAUGCAAGGAUUGAUGCUAAAAGGGUUCUUGAAAUUCUUCAACAGGAUGGUCCGGGGUCUGAUGCAAAAGUGGCUUUAGAUGAUUUGCAAAUAAGGGUUUCGGGUGUUCUUGUAAGAGAAGUUCUUGUUGGAAUCUUGAAAACAAUAAAUUAUGCAAAUAAGAAUCGGUGUGCUAAGUUGGGGUACAAGUUCUUUAUUUGGUGUGGGCAACAAGAGAAUUACAGGCACACAACAAGCUCAUACCAUUUGAUACUGAAGAUUUUUGCAGAUUGUGAGGAAUUUAAGGCAAUGUGGAGAUUAGUUGAUGAGAUGACUGAGAAAGGAUUCCCAGCUACUGCACGUUCCUUUAACAUAUUGAUAUGUACUUGUGGUGAGGCGGGCUUAGCGAAGAAAGUCGUAGAAAGGUUUAUCAAGUCGAAGACAUUUAAUUAUAGGCCAUUCAAGCAUUCUUAUAAUGCAAUUCUACAUUCUCUUCUUGCGGUCAACCAAUGCAAGUUGAUUGAGUGGGUGUAUCAACAGAUGUUGGGUGAAGGCCAUUUCCCCGAUGUUUUAACUUAUAAUAUCCUUAUGUGUGCUAAGUAUAGGCUGGGGAAGCUGGAUCAGUUCCACAGAUUACUAGAUGAAAUGGGCAGGAAUGGAUUUUCACCGGAUGCUCAUACAUUCAAUAUCCUUCUUCAUGUACUUGGAAAAGGAGACAAACCUCUAGCAGCGCUUAAUCUUUUGAACCACAUGAAGGAGGAGGGUUUUGAAUUGAGUGUUCUUCACUUCACCACGUUGAUAGAUGGGCUCAGUCGGGCCGGGAAUUUGGAUGCCUGUAAGUAUUUUUUUGAUGAGAUGAUCAAACAUGGGUUCGUGCCCGAUGUGGCUUGUUACACUGUUAUGAUCACAGGAUAUAUUGUGGCAGGAGAGUUUGACAAGGCUCAGGGAAUGUUUUAUGAGAUGUUCACUCGAGGGCAAAUGCCAAAUGUGUUUACAUACAAUUCUAUGAUUCGUGGGCUUUGUAUGGGGGGAAAGUUUGAGGAGGCAUGCUUGAUGCUGAAAGAAAUGGAAUCCAGAGGUUGUAAUCCAAAUUUUCUUGUGUAUAGUACCCUAGUUGGUUAUCUGCGAAAUGCUGGAAAGCUUUCUGAAGCUCAUGAAGUAAUAAGACAUAUGGUGGAAAAAGGGCAGUACAUCCAUCUUCUUUCGAAGUUUAAAGGGUAUAGGAGAUGCUGAAGUGGCAAAGUAUGUAAAAUUAAGUUGAUUCAAUUGUAACAUUACAGCAAAACUACUCAUAUGAUCCAGCCCACUUGAUGUGACUGCUGCUUGUUCUGGAUGUUGAAUAAGGAUGUUGGGACGGAAAAAGCCAGGUGCUGCUCAAAAUUUUGGGAUUAAAAGGCUAGAGAGUGUAAUGCUCGGUCACUUCAACAUUCGCUUGAAUUUUACAUGACUCUUGAUGCAGGAGAACAUAAAAUUUAGCUUGGGCACAAUAUGUGGCUGCUUUAGAGGUCAGUACCAAUUGUUGGUUAGAUUUGAAGUUCUGCGUAACGACUUUGAGCCAUGGAUAAGGUAUCAAUAUGUUGGGUUGUGUUGAGUUUCUAAGCCAUGUAUCGUGUCCAAAUUUG